UCUUUGGGUGGAGAAUCCUGAGCAAAAAUCUAAGUCGACCACUGUUGCUGCCCUACGGUAAACCGAAAGCGACCGAAAUUCGUUUGAAAGAAAAGGCGAAAAAGAAAAAAUGCUUAUUUGGCUGCUUGUGGGGGUGCGGUAUCUGCUGCGCUGUGCAUUGAGCGAUGGAGACGAGAUGGAGAGGGAGAGAUUUAGGUCGAGCGGCGAGGGGCACGGGAUCGUUGUCCCGUGACGUGGCGGGCGGAUGUCGACAUACAUUCCCACAGCUGUCCCGUGGGCCCCCACACCGUCUCUGCGGUCUUUUUUUUUUAUAUUAUCAUUCUUUCUUUCGAAUUUCAAAUUACCCUUCUUCUCUUUUUUUAUUUUAUUUAUUACCCCAUGUUGUCCUUUGUUUUUUUCCCUUCGGAAUUUGCUGAAAAAGAGGGCUUACGGUGGUCCGGAUACCAGCCCGAAAAUAUCCCCCACAGCCACACUUCCCUCUCGCCACCCCGUGUCGCGUAUGCCUACCCUCCCCCGUUCACGAAUAGACGUGAUGUCGACGCGCGGCCAAGCACGUGAUCGUGGUCCCCCUCCGGACGGGCUUUAUUUUUUUUUAUCAUCGGAAGAAGCCUAUGAAAAAAUAGUAAAAAAAAAAAAAAAAUCCCGAUGGUCGGUCGCCACUUUGCCAAAUUUAUUUCCAUUCAGGAUCAAUCUGACGAGACCCAGCUCCUUCCAUAAAUCACCUGUUUGAUAGGCGAGACUAAUCUACAGGAGCCUAGACAUUAAUCAUCGUGAGAAAAUAUCUCUCGAUGAAUGUUUUCCACGUGCCGAUCACAUCUGUAUCGUCACGUGUAGUGUAGUGAUUUUGUUGUUCAAUGCAAUCUUAAUUUUGGAUAGAGCUAAUAUCUUUUUGUGUGAAAUGAGUAUUGAUUAGAUUGUUAGUUCCAUAUGUUUAUGUAGUUGCCAAAACUACUGAUUUGAAAUUAAUAGAGGGAUUAGCUAUUUAAUGACCUAUUCUGUAGAAGGUCAAGCAAAGAAAAUCUUUGGGAAGUCUUACAUAGAGUAAAGUCGUCAUCAUUACAUUCCGGUAGAAAAAGCCGUGACAGGCAAAAACAAUAAAUGCAUUUAAGUAGUGCUACUAAGGCCUUCGAGACGUAACUUAAAAAUUGCAUAGAAUCACGGCUCAUUAUUCCUUUCAUAAAAAUAUACCUCAAUUAAGAAAUACAUCAAUUUCAUCCACAUCGUCACCAACACGCUAUUUAAACAGAAUUAAAUUAUGCAUGAACCGUGAUAAUAAAGCCCACGACACGUUACAUAAAACUCAAAAAGGACAAGUGGCGUCAUUAUUAACGCGUCUCUUUCACAUAUUCGUGUAUUACUAAUUUUAUAUACGAUGACCGAACGAAGUAGAUUUCAACCGGUUGCCGUGAUCAUGGUGCAUGCAUUGAAAAACCAGUUUAGAGCUACAUCGAUCGGCAACAAAUAUUACAAUCCCAUCGCAAAUUGUUCCUGCCCCGACAAAUCAAACAUAGAAAUAAGAAAAAAUAGAGAGAAGAGCAAGCAGCAAAACGAAAAAAAACACUAAUAAUAACUAAUAAUCCCAGAGAUUCCUCAUUGGCCAAAGCUAAAAUGCUCAAGCUGUACCCCGCCGAUUUAUCGGCACCUGCACCAUUCACGCCCCCUCCUCCUCCUCUCUCUCUCUCUUUCUCUCACUGAUUCCUCCUAAGCCUUCGAAAAUCUAAUCCCCCCAAAACGCCCCCACUCUCGAAAGUUUGCAUCCAUCCUCGACAACGCCCUCCAGAAAUGAGCUCCCUUUCCCCGCCGCCGGAACCCUAGCCGAUCUCCGGCGAACCUAGGGUUUAUCGCGCUCCUUUUCUCCCGGCCUCGCUCUCCCUCUCCCUCUCCCUCUCCCUCUCCCGUAUGCCGGCCUCCUGGUAGGGGGGGAAUCUCGGCGGAGGAAAGUUGGGGUUUUUUUUUUUUGAAGGAGCAGGAGGAGGAGGAGGAGAGGGGAUAUGUAUAAGGACAGAGGAGGCGGAGGAGGCGGCGUGUCGUCCAAGUCGGAGGUGGUGGUCGGCGUCGGCGGCGGCGCGGAUCGGAAGCAGAGGAUCAACAUCCACGAGGUGCUGGACAAGCACCUGCUCGAGCGGUCCUCCCCGUCCACGUCCCGCGUCGUCAACGGCAAGGACAAGCCCUCCCCCCACGCCGUCAUCCUCGGCAAGGCCCCCUCCGAUCACCGCGAUUCCGCUCGCUUCAAGGCCAACUCCGAUGAGGAAUCUGAAACAGAUAGCGAAGAAUCAGACGUGAGCGGUUCUGAUGCAGAUGACUCAUCUUGGAUCUCAUGGUUUUGCAAUCUUCGAGGAAAUGAAUUCUUUUGUGAAGUUGAUGAUGAUUACAUACAAGAUGAUUUCAACCUGUGCGGUUUAAGCAGUCAAGUUCCUUACUAUGAUUAUGCACUUGAUCUGAUUUUGGAUGUCGAGUCUUCUCAUGGUGACAUGUUCACUGAGGAGCAGAAUGAAUUAGUUGAAUCAGCUGCAGAGAUGCUUUAUGGCCUAAUUCACUCCCGCUAUAUACUGACUAGCAAAGGAAUGGCAGCUAUGCUGGAGAAGUACAAGAACAUUGACUUUGGUAGAUGCCCAAGGGUUUAUUGUUGCGGACAGCCAUGCCUCCCUGUCGGGCAAUCAGAUGUUCCUCGUUCAAGCACCGUAAAAAUAUACUGCCCAAGAUGUGAGGAUAUAUAUUAUCCUCGAUCCAAGUACCAAGGCAACAUUGAUGGUGCAUACUUUGGAACUACAUUUCCUCACCUAUUUCUGAUGACAUAUGGCCAUCUGAAGCCACAGAGUACAUCGCAGAGUUACGUUCCUAGAGUUUUUGGGUUCAAGAUGCACAAGACAUGAUGAGUUGCUCAUACAGGGGAUCAUGAGUACGGAUUCUGCCUGGAACAAAUGCUUUCUCAUGGUCCGUGUAAAGUGGCUAUUCAACGAGACAUCAUGUCAGGGUUCUUCAAUAUCUUAUCAACGAACUAUUCACAUACAUAAGGAGGAAGUAACCGGCAUCGGCUUGGGCUGGCAUCGGCUGGCAUCGUAACUACAUUCCUCUGCACCAGAGGAAGAAUCACUUCAACCUCCUUGGGAUGGUUCCUCUGCUUUUCUUCGCUUUUAGCUGCAAUCUAGUUGCAGUCUUCUGGUACUCUUGUGUGUAUCAUUCCGUAAUUCUUUAAUUACCGACAAAUGAAGCUGAAAUUUUUCAGGACAUAAGUUGUUGAGAUCGAGAUUAUAUGAUUCUAUGGCCAUGUAAAGGCGUUGCUAGCUUUCAUAAGGUAACCCUUAGAAAAAGGAGCCUGAGAACUUUAUGUUGAGUUGAAGGCUGGAUGGAUAUGGUUUUUCACUGUCAAUCCUUAAGUCUGCAUCCGCCCUCAGGAUGAUUCUGCUUU